AUGGCUCCGACAGUGCUAAUGGUGGCUGAAAAGCCACUUUUAGCAGAUUCAAUUGCCAAUCUGCUGUCGAAUGGGCAGGCUAAGAAGAGGAAAGGCUGGAAUGGUGUAUGCUCUGUCAGCGAAUACGAUGGUCAAUUCAAUGGUCGAGCAGCGAGAUUUAAAGUUACAAGUACGUGUGGACACGUUAUGUCUCUCGAUUUUCCGCCGAAAUUCAAUAAUUGGGAACGUGUCGACCCUGCGGAGCUGUAUAGUGCUCCAACUCAACGAAUCGAGGCGAAUCCGAAAAUGAAGAUGAACGAAUUUUUGGCGUCUGAGGCGAAAAAUGCGGAUUUUUUAGUGUUAUGGCUGGAUUGUGAUAAGGAAGGAGAGAAUAUUUGUUUUGAGGUAAUCGAUGCAGUCAAAUGUGCAAUGUUCAAAAACCGUCAAGACUUUAUGUCCGACGUCUACCGGGCUCACUUCUCUGCAAUCACCGAGAAGGAUAUAAAAGCGGCGAUGCGAAAUCUCGGCCGUCCCGAUCAAAAUAUGUCACAUUCAGUGGAUGCGCGCCAGGAGUUGGAUCUACGAAUCGGAUGCUCAUUCACUCGGUUUCAGACGAAAUUCUUCCAGGGAAAAUAUGGAGAUUUGGAUAGUAAUGUGAUCUCGUAUGGACCGUGUCAGACGCCGACUCUUGGAUUUUGUGUCACCCGGCAUGAUCAGAUUGUUCAGUUUAAGCCUGAGCAGUAUUGGGUGUUGAAGACCAAUUUUACGACGAGUGAUGAUGGGCAGAUAUUCUCACCGGAAUGGCAACGAGGACGGAUAUUCGAUGCGGAAGUUGCCCGCGUUUUUGUGGAUCGAAUUAAGAAAUGCCACACCGGCCUCGUCCUCGACGUGAGCAAAAAAGAAGCUCGAAAAGAGCGUCCAUGUGCUCUAAAUACUGUCGAGCUGAUGAGAGUGGCCAGUAGCUCCCUCGGAAUGAGCCCAUCGACUACAAUGCAUGUAGCAGAAGCCCUCUAUACACAGGGCUACAUUUCCUAUCCGAGAACCGAGACCACAGCGUAUUCGGCGAAUUUCGAUUUGACAGGAACUCUGAAAAUUCUCGCCGGCGACCGAAAAUGGGGAUCCGUGGUGUCGCAGGUAUUGGCAGACGGGAUAAAACGGCCGAAAAGUGGAGUUGACAAGGGGGACCACCCACCGAUUACCCCAAUGCGUCCGAAUCACGGUGGUCUGUCAGGUGACAUGUCACGGAUCUACGAGUACGUCUCACAGCAUUUUGUGGCGACUCUGAUGAAGCAGUGUGUCUAUGAAGUUACUACGGUCAAAAUGAGCUGUGGAGAUGAGCAAUUUACACUACAGGGGAAGAACGUUGUGGAGCCUGGAUUCACUGCAGUUAUGCCUUGGCUUAGUGUUGAGGAGGAGUGUAGUGUACCCAAAAGCUUGCAGCAGAUUGGAGCCAAAAUUGAGCUGCAAAACGCCGAAAUCCAGGCACGCGAAACAACUCCACCCGGUUACCUAACCGAAGCCGAGCUCAUCACACUUAUGGAAAAGCACGGAAUCGGAACAGAUGCCUCAAUUCCCGUUCACAUUAAUACAAUAACUCAGAGGAAUUAUGUGACAGUUGAAAGUGGUCGAAGACUUGUCCCCACUCGGUUGGGACAAUGUCUCGUCAGGGGUUAUUGGAAAGUGGACCCGGAGUUGGUUCUUCCUACGAUGAGAGCUGAGCUCGAGGAGCAGUUGAAUUUGGUCGCCAGUGGAAAAGCCGAUUAUCUUGAUGUGAAAAACCACGCGCUAAAAAUGUUCGAGAUGAAAUUCCAAUACUUUGUCACCAAUAUCCCGGCCGUCGACACCCUCUUCGAAGCCUCGUUUACCACACUUUCAGACACUGGGAAACCAUUUUCCCGAUGCGGAAAAUGUCGCCGAUACAUGAAGCUCGUUCAGACGAAACCGCAACGACUCUACUGUCCGACGUGUCAGGAGACGUAUGCGGUGCCGAAUUUCAAGGAUGGGGUGCUUAAAGUUAUUGGAGAUCACAAGUGUCCUCUCGAUGAUUUUGAUGUCAUUUUGUAUCAGGGUCCCGGCGGAAAACUUGCCCGAACAUUCACCCUCUGCCCAUUCUGCUUCAACAAUCCACCAUUCGAAAAAAUGCCACAAGGAGCCGGUUGUGAUACUUGUGUUCAUCCGUCUUGUCAGUAUUCCAUUAGCUCAAACGGAGUGUGCGGUUGUCUUCAAGACUGCGGGGGUGUAAUGCUUCUCGACACUCAAUCUCAUCCGAAAUGGAGAAUGACAUGUAAUAAAUGUCCGUCGGUUGUUGGAUUAUUUGAAGGAGCGAUUAAAGUGAAAGUGGACAGUACGAGAAGCUGUGAGCAGUGUGAUGCUCAAUUUAUUAAAGCAGAGUUUAAGCCAAAUUCCGGAAAACCUGGAGCAAUCGAGUACGAGUCGAGCAGCUACGAGGGAUGCAUCUUUUGUGAUGCGAUGAAAAAGUACCCGGACGCGAUUAACCUGAAUCAUGCCUACCUGACAGAAGAAUCCCGUCAACGGAACACACAGGCACCCAGGCGAGGCGGCGGCGGCGGCCGUGGCCGUGGCGGUCGUGGAAGAGGAGGCCGCGGCCGUGGAAGAGGACGGGGACGCUAGUGCCGAAUUUCCCGGAAAAUUAAUAUAUUUUUUGUUUUUUUUUAAAUUGUUAUUAGCACUGUUUUUUAUUAAUUCAAUUUUAAGUAUGUUUUUUUUUUAAAUUUAAAUUUAAAUUUAAAAAAAAACGAGCAAAUGUGUAUGUAUAAUUACGGUACUUUUUCUUUAUUAUAUACAUAAAUUAUAUACAUGUUUUUUAUUAAAU